CAUUGCAGUCGGGCUUUGCGGCCCGCGUGAAUGAAACGUGCGCGUGCGCAGUGAGUGAAAGCGACGUACUUUUUAGUGCGGUUAGUGUUUUUUUUCUGAAAUGUGACAGUGAUUUAGUGUGUUUUAUUUUUCUUUUACGCUAACUUUGCUGACUUCUAUUUUGAGUCUAUCCGGAUGUAUCGCUAAAACCACAAGAUGGGGCACAAGCAAUACCUGGCGGUUGGGCAGUCUGCCCGCAACCGGCUGUUCGGGCUCGCGCCACGCCUGCCCGGCGACAAGAAGCCGCUGCCGCUCAACAUGCUCAUCUCGCAGCAGGGCAAGAUCAGUCACGGUCGCCUGGCAGUGAUCACAUUCAGCAUAUGCACAGUGGUACUCGGUGUCAUCCUGUCUUUCGUGCCUUGGUUGGAUUAUAUUAUUUUUAAGGAACUGAAGCUCUGGAAUGGGUCCCUGAGCUACAGCUACUGGCAGCGACCGGGCGUCAUCAGACUGACCAAAGUUUACAUCUUCAACGUUACCAAUCCGCAGGGGUUCCUGGAGAACGGGGAGAAACCAAAGCUGAACGAAGUCGGACCUUUCGUCUAUAGAGAAGACAUGGAGAAGGUGAACAUCAAAUUCCACGACAACGACACGGUGUCGUACCAACACAACAAGAUCCUGCGCUUCGUGCCCGAGCUGUCAGUGGACAAGACACAGAAGCUCGUCGUGCCCAACAUACCGCUAUUGACGGUGACAUCGUUUUCGAACAACCUCCCGACCUGGCUGUUCAACGUGCUGGUGACGGGGCUGGCCAUAACCUACCGCGACAGAAGCAAGCCCUUCGUGCAAAUCACUGCUGAGGAACUGGUCUUUGGUUACGAUGAUCCACUAGUAACCCUGGCCCAUUACUUCUACCCCAAAGGAAAGCGACCGAACAGCCAAAUGGGGCUAUUACUUGCCAGAAACGGCACUUUAGAAGAAGUGCACACGAUCAACACAGGGCAACGUUUGGACAAGUUCGGUUAUUUGGACAAACUCAACGGAUUGGACCACCUUCCGUAUUGGAGGGAUAGCCCUUGCAACAAUAUCAAGGCCUCGGAAGGGUCCUUCUUCCCUCCGCCGGCCACCACGAAGGAGAAGACGGUGUACGUGUAUGACAAGGACCUCUGCCGCAUCAUGCCCUUUACUUACAGGAAGGAUGUAUACAAAGAUGGCAUCCUCACAGGGCUGUACACGCCGCCCAGCUCCAUGCUGGAGAACGCGGACAUCAACCCUGACAACAAGUGCUACUGCCAGGGGGAGAAGUGCCCCCCCAGAGGCUUGCAGAACAUCAGCCCUUGCCAGUACAAUGCGCCAGUGUACCUCUCUUACCCUCACUUCUAUGACGCCGAACCGUCUCUUCUAGAAGGUUUCGAAGGUCUGCAGCCGGAUAAGAAGAAACACGGCAGCUACAUUCUGCUACAACCAAAAAUUGGCGUUCCCCUGGAGGCACAAGUGCGAGUCCAGCUCAACCUCAAGGUGGACCGCGCCAACAUCAGAGUCAACGACAUACACAAGUUCCCCGACAUCAUGUUCCCCGUCAUGUGGGCGCAAGAGGGCAUCGAUGGUGUAUCAACAUCAAUUUGGCGAUGGAUCUUCUUGGGCACUAGAUUUGGUCCAAUCGCCGCCCCAAUCAUUUCCUAUUCUCUCAUAAUAAUCGGCCUCGCCAUAUUAAUAAAUGUUUUUAUUAAAGCGUACAAAGAUUUCGUUGUCGGUCAAGACUCUUUAGAAAUAGUGGAGUUAGGGAGGGAAACUAUUAGACGUGGAUCGACUUUAAUAAUAAACAGUUCGAAGAUUGUUAAUAACAAAGAAGCUUCAUACCAACCUUUAUAUAAAUCUAAGAAAAAUAAUAAGACGAAUACCUCAAAUACGAGUAAGACACAUAAUAUAACUUUACCAAGAGGCAGUAAGGACAAGCUGCAAGAAUUAAAUUUUAUUAAUAAAACAGAAAACUUAAGUUCGAGUUUAGAUGAACUUAAGUUAAUGUUAAAUAGAGAUUUUGUCAAAUCUCACUUUUCCGAAGCGGAAAGAGAAUCGUUAAUUCGUUCUGACAAUACAUUUAUAAUGUCAGAACACAGAAGAAGUAGAGUUUUUCAAGACUAUAAAAUACCGGAGGACUAUUAUUGAUUUUAAAUGAUUGUUUUAAGUGUUUUGCUGUUUGUUUGUAACGGUUAGAAUGUGAUGUAGUGAAUUUCGGCUCUACGAUGGAAAGAGAUAAAACUGAUAGGUAUUUUUAUUAUCUUGUUACUUUUGAUAAUUUUCUGUAGUCCUGCGUUAUAGGUAUUUCAAGAGUCGAUCGGUAUUGGGAUUGUCAUAAACUAUUUUCAUAGGUGUGAAAUGAAUCAUAUAGGUAUAUGUGAUUUGAAAACUAUUUACCGUAACUUUUUUUGAUAAUAAAGUCUGUUCACUUAGAAAUUUUCAUCUAUCUAACCAAAAAAUUUGAAAUGAAAAGUCCUUUCGAAUUUUUCUUGAUACUGGUGAUGGUCAAUUUUCCGAAAUGGUACGUAAAAGUGGGUUUGGGAUUUCUCUGAUUUCCUAUUGAAGUAUUUUUCUAUGUACUUAAUUUUGGGUGAUAUCUAUUGAUAAGUUAGUCCAAACAUUUAGUUCGCUCUGAGUUUUUGAACAACUUGAACUAAAAUUAGACAUCCAUUUUGCUGAUGCGAUGACAUACGGCUCGUGUUCAAGCGAACUGAAAAUGUACAUAAAUGUUACAUUAGAAAUUAUAUAAUAUCGAUGGGAAUGUGAACUGUUUCAAAUAUUAUUUUCUGCUUAAAGAAUGUUCGUAUAGAAAUUUCCAAAUAGAUAUACUAUGAGUAGGCAACUGACGAACCAUCUUAUUUUUUCGAAUUAAGUAUUUAUAAUACACCAGCACAUUAUGUAAAACUAAGUAAAUAGGUAAAUAUAUAACAAAAUGCACCAUCCACAACCAUUUUUCGUUUGAAUAAAACUAUCCACUGAAUAGCAAUAAAAAUUGUAUAAAAUGCCACUAAUUAUAUCAUUUUUUGCUUUCUUAUUAUUGGAAAUUUCUAUGUGAACAGUUUUUACAUCAUUUUGCGUUUCCAAAGAUGUUAAGUAACAAGUAGAUAAGUAUAUUACACUUUCAAAAAAUAAAAAUCAUUAAUUUUUUACACACGACAAUUCACGAACACCCUCCACACUGCAUGUGUAACAUUUUUAAUAAUUUUAUUAUUAAAAUUUAGAUUUAUUUAUUGAAAAGUAAUGAAGUUACCCGCUCUACCAAUGUAUAUUUAUGUACAAUUUAAAAUACUAUGGAUACUGUAUGUAAAGAUUUUCAAAUAGGUCAGUUUAAGUUUACCAUCCAAACCGAAGAAAGUAGGUGAUUUCUUCACUUCAUAAUUUAUCAGUCUUUUUGAAAGUAGUUUAAAUAAAUAAUCUACAGGGGAAAGAAAAACUUUUUCAUUAGAUAAGUAAGUAGGUAUUAUAAAUUAUGAUAUUAUGGAAGAUUACGAACUUAAAGAAUAUGCAACGAAUUUUUUAAGGAUGGGAUUUUUUUUAAUGGAAAAACUAAACUGGGUAUUCUGGAAAAUUCCACUAUGUCACGAUACAUGCCAUAGCCCGUCGAUGGCUUUACAUUACAUCGAUGCAAAAAGCCGCCGAGUUUUAAUUCAUCGACUGUGCUUUCAGUAGAAAGCAAGUAGUGGAAAGCGCAGCCGUGCAUAAUGGCGUUUGUAAGGCAGGGGAUUUUCCACUAUGAUGAUAAGAUUAUGAACUAUUUUGAUAUCAAACGAUAGAGACAAAAUGGAUGCUCAAAAAACUUUAAUAUAAGUCUUGUUAUACAAACUUUUCAAAUUAUUGUUAUUUUUUUUUAACGAAUAGUCCUUAUGAAAAUUUUGCUCAAUUUUUGUAUGACGGGACCAAUAAUAUAAAUGAUUGGGAUUUUUGUAACCCACGCACCCACAUCGAAUUUUGACGUACAUUAAAAUAUUGUUCUUCAUCGCACGUCCAAAUUCGAUGUGUUUGUGUGGACCUUUAGAUUUAAACGUGUGACGAAAGGAGAUGGUAUUAACUAUUAUUUUACUUUAUUGUAUUGUUUGUGGCCCUUUUACAUUUCAAAUCUUCGAUUUAGCCGUGCGUUUGUAAUAAAUGGAAAUUACAAAGAAUGAUGUAAAUAUCCGUUAAAUUUGUGGUCCAAGAUUAAAAACCCCUCCAAUUUUGGACCGCCUUCGGUCAAAAACUGGACCUAAAUAACAUAAUAGCAGGAGAAUGCAGAUUUCUAACUGUGCCUAUUCGAAUAGGGCACAGAUGUGAUGUUUUAUUUCACGAGGACUAUUUGGCUAUGUGUGUGUGAGUGCACACGUACACAUUGAUAUAGUUACACACACAAAUACGUUAACCUUAUCGGUACACUCACUACUACAAUCAAGGCUGAGCGAUCAGCGUGAAAUAAAACAUCAUAAGAAGAUAUUACCUAAUAAAUAACUAACUUGUGUUAAUAAUAAAACUAUUAUUAUGAAUUCCCACAAACAUUAUAAUGAUGUAAUAAAAACAAAAAGCUCAUAUUAAGCUUUAAACUGAAGACUUCGUACUAACAUUAGUGAUCUAAUCUGUAAGCAGGGGUAGGCAGUGUCGGAAUACUGCGGAUGAAAUUUUUACAUGAAUACGUCUUCUAAAAGUAGUAAAAAAACCGGCCAAGUGCGAGUCGGACUCGCGCACCGAGGGUUCCGUACCUUGGAAGAAUAUUAUGUGUAGGUACCUAUUUUACAAAGGGUAGGUACACAAUUAUUUUAUUUUUUAAAUUAAUUUCAACUGCAAAAUAUGUAAGUUAAUCAUCGCAAAAAAAAAAAAAAAUUAUAAUAUAUAAAUAUAAAUUAACGAUUGUUCAUUUUUUCGUUUGUUUGUGCUAUUAAACGUUGCUUCUUGUCCAUUAUUCUAGGUUAAAGGGCUGUACCCUUAUAGUUUUGACCUUAUUUGAUUUUUGAUCUUAAUUUUCAACUUGAUACCUCCAACUUCUGAAAUAAUGGGUCAUGACAAACAGACGGACAACGAAGUGAUGCUAUAAGUUUCCUUUUUUCUUUUGAGGUACGGAACCUAAAAAUAAACACGCCUUACCUAGGUUAAUAAUUUUAAAUAAAAAGCGUAUGACCCCGUAAGCAAAAAAGCAGGUAGGUACGGCCUAAAAAUUUAGUAGGAUUAUUUUCUAAAUUGUCUUAGGUCUGAUCUGAUGGAAAGCUUCGUCCUGCAUUACUAAACAUUUUCCUGGUGAGAUGACGUGGACAAGUAUUUUGCAGAUUUUCCAACAAAAGGAUAGGCAGUGUUUUUUUGCCUAUGUGGAGCGUUUUGUUACCUCUGCGAAACGUAUUCACGUAAAAAUACUUAUAAUAUAAAAUCAUUCCAGUUUGCAUAAGAAAGGGUAGUAGGUAAGGUAAUUUACUAUAUAAUGUAAAAUGGUUAAACUUUGUAAAUAUUAAAUUUAAGGUCGCAAUUUUGUAUUCAAUAACUUGUUUAUAAUAAAAAAUUUAAACACGAA